UCGUGGGGGUGAGGUCGAGAACGACCUUGGAAUGUACCAGUCCUUUUUUUGUGAGACCUCGCUCUUCGUGUGACGAAACUUAGUUUAGACCUAGAAAAUUUACUAAAUUGUUGGUUGAUUCAGACAUUUUAUCGAAAAUGAAGAUUUGGAAGAGUGAGCAUACUUACGAUCACCCAUGGGAGACAGUGGCCAAAGCUGCUUGGAGAAAAUAUCCAAAUCCAAUCAACCCUGCCGUUUUGGGAACUGAUGUCAUUGAUCGCAAAGUCGUCAAGGGGAUUUUGCAUACCCACAGAUUAGUAGCAUCUAAAUGGCCAUUUCCUAAAUGGGCUGAAGCUAUGAUUGGUUCAACAAAUAUUUGCUAUGCAAGUGAAUAUUCAUUUGUUGACCCUAGAGAAAGGCAGAUGACUCUACGAACUAGAAAUCUCACAUUUGGUAGUGUCAUGGCUGUUGAUGAAACGGUGACAUAUAUGCCUCACCCCGAAGAUAGCAACAAAACUUUGCAAAAACAAGAAGCUAUUGUUACUGUUCAUGGGAUGCCUCUUGAAAGCUACAUGGAAAAUUUAAUGACAAAUAAAAUAUCUGUCAAUGCUGGCAAGGGCCGUCAAGCCAUUGAGUGGGUGAUUGGAAAAUUGCAGGCCGAAAUGAAGGAGAUCACAUCCAACGCAAUCCACAAUACUGAUGAUCUUAUUAAUUUCACGAAGAAGUCAUUACAUCAAGUUACCCAUUCAGUUGAAGAUAUCUCCAAUGUCACCAAAAAAUCAAUUGAAGACCUUCAAAAGCUCCAAACCGCACCGCAGACUGUGCCAUCUGCAUAGCAAUCAUUUUGGCUUAGGUUAAUGUCCUUUAUCUUCACUCGGAGCAGGCUGGAGUGGUCUGAUGAUGUGUUGGAGCCAAAAGACACUCAGCCUGUUGAUGAUUAGUUCAUUUUGUAACAGUGUGGUGUGGCGAGGACUUGCAUGCCUCAGAGCUGCUACAGUGAAUUUGCAGGUCCUUGCUGCAGCUCAUUCCAUUAGGAGAAACUAAGCAAAACGUUGAAGUUAUUGUUAAAUUAUUUAAAGUGUGGACAGUUGAGAGAAACAAAAAGUGAGUGCAGGAGAAAAAUUCUUAUGAAUUUUAGCUUGUUUCUAACUGAUCCUAUUCUAUAAGACAUCAAGAUAAUUUUAUUUUAGUUUGUACCUUGUGAUCUCAGUUCUCAAUUCAGUCCACAUAUGUACUUUCAAAAUUACAUGACCUAAGUCAAAAUAUUUUAAUGUCAGAAGGGAACCAGUGAUCAAAGGUAUUCCUUGAAGUUAGUGGUGAAAAUUAUCACUUUGUUGUAAAUAAGAAUUAUAAAUAUAUUGCAACCAUAUACAGCAAGUUUUGGUCUUUUUAAAAUGAUUUAUCUAAUGAAUUUUGACUGCUUUUUAGCUUGAAUUUUAAUUUUGAAAGAAGUAAUGUGAAGGGCUAUGUAGUGGCUUCAUUUUAUAUUUAUUUAUGCCUUAAACUGGUUUUAGUUGACAUUUGUAGUUGCCCCUGAUUUCAAAUUUUGCAUAUUAGUCUUGAUCUCUGCUUGUAAUGGUUCCUUUCAGGAAAUACUUUCCAUUACUCCUGCUACACUCCGUCCUCAUUCUCUUAUAGUUCUGCUAUGUAAGCUGUCAAAGGGGUGUUCUCAAAAUUUGGCCUUUAGGGAGAGAGACUCCUUUGUAUUGCAGCCUUGUGGAAAUUAAUUGGAAGAAAUUUGUGUCAAUGGUUCUUGCCUAUUAUCAUCACUGCCACAAAUACUAUUACUCAGAUAGCUGAUCAUCAACCUAUGUCAUGAUGGCACUGUAGUAAUUUGCACAGAAUUAGCUUGGUAAAUUUUCAUUUCUACCUUCAGUUUUGGAGACUCCAAAAUCUCCUUCAUAGCUUUGAGCAGUAGCCCCCAUCUUUCCUUCCACAAUACAUUGGUGGACCAACCAUUGAAUAUCAUGUAAAUAUUUUUUCAUUCUUCUACGCUCAAAUGUAUAUGGGUAAAGUGAGUUGUGUGGGACACUAGAACUGAAGAUGUUACAGGGUUGUCUGGAGUAUUUGUGGUGAGUUUAAUCAAGUAUUUUGUAUUAUAAAGCGGGACUUGUACAUUGUGGAUUCCUUUGCAUUGAUGAAUAAUAACCAUCUGUCAAUGAUGCAGGUAAAUUUUAUUUCAGUUUGCUUGCCAGUUGAUUGACUUGAGCUAAUUACUACAUUCAAGCUGGCCUUGUAGUGGUAUUAGUCAAUGUCUAUAUUUCCCCCCUUCAUAUAAAUCUGCUUAAUAGUAUCAUAGGAGAAUUAUUUUAUGAGACAUGAACAUCAAGGAAUCCUGGUUGCAUUGUGGAAUGCAUUGGAAUAUUGAUCUUCUGUUGAUAACCAGGGACUAUUAACUGUUUGCUUUAGUUUUAUGACGAAAUGGAUCACAAUACUGUUUUUGAAAUUAUGGUGAUAGUUAGAGCGACUGAGGAAAAAUUUUAAUUGCUAUAGUACAAUUCUCUUCACAACUGUGGGUGUGUGUGCGUGUGUGUGUGUGUGUUUGCGCGUUCACAUAGUUUAAGGCUGGCCGGUCCAGUCCACUGUCACUUUUGUUAAGAGGUUUCAUCUUGUCGAGUAUUACAUGCAGCCCCUCGAGCUACAUUAUAUGACAAAUUUUAUGCAGCUGUGAUGUAACUGAGAAGUAACUAAUAAAUAAAUAUGUUAACAUAAAAA